AUGGAUGCUAUCAAGGACCAAGUUACUCCGGCUUCGGAGGCUCCAUUGAAUCAACAAGAGGUGAUUUCUGCAAACACGGGUAGGAAGGAAAGGAAGUGGGUGAGUAAGAUAAAUGCUAUAAGGGAGAAAUCUAGGGGCUUCAAUGGUGCGCGGACCAAUAGUUGUUCAUCUCUUGCUAAUUCCCUGGUGUCUAGGCCUAAUAAGGAGAAACGUCCAUUUCCCCUUUGCAAUAGGUGUAGUAGGACCCACCAAGGAGAAUGCAUGGCCGGUAAGGAGGGUUUCUACAAGUGUGGUGGUAUGGGUCAUAAGAUGAGGGACUAUCAGGUGGCUUCUAGUAAAGGGAGGGAGUCUAAGAGGGCUAGAUGCAAGGGUGGAGCUUCUCAAUCCAAGCCCGGUGGUAGCUUUAGUAUAUCUACUAUUUCCAAGUGUGGGAAAAACCAUAGGGGAGAGUGCUUAGUGGGGUCAGGUGCUUGCUAUAAGUUUGGAAAGCCAGGUCAUUAUGCAAGGGAGUGUAGGAGUGGUACCAGACCUCAGGCUCUGGCCCAGACUAUAGGUCAUCCAGAUUAA